AUGGAGAGAGACAAACAGCGCAGCAGGAGGCAGGAAGUCGAGCGCCGGGGGAGAAAUCCAUCGAGCGACGACGACGACUCCCGAGAGAGAAGGCGCGGCAGAGACGAGUCUUACCCACCUCCGCGGGCUGCGCACCGAAGAGACGAAAAGCGCACCAAAAGAAGACGCAGAAGCAGUUCCGAGUCGCGCUCGCGCUCUCGCUCGCCUCGGCGGCAUCGAGACGAACGCGACUCCUCACCGUCUCCAGAGUCUCGCCGCCGAAGCCGCAGAAGACGCGCGAGCGAUUCUUCCGCAGAGGAGGAAGAAGAGCGCCAUCCGCCUGCUGUCGCUGCGCCUCGUGGGCAGCGGAGGGAUGAGUCUCCUUCCUCGCCUUCUCCCUCCGCCCCCGGCUCGAAUCCGGAUGAGGCGAGUCGGGAAGGCGUGAGAGAAGCUGCGGCGCCGAAAUCUGGGGAGACCGACGACGCGGCCUCCUCCGCGGCGUCUGCCCUCUCGUCUGCGCCGUCCUUUCUAAGUUUCCGGCGGCGCGGCUUCGGCGCGGGUUUCUCCCUCGCGCGCCUGAAGGCGGUUCACGAAGAAGAGAGCUUCAUGUACACAGAAAGCCUUGAAGAGUCUCUCUCGUCGGCGGAGCAAGGCGGCGCGCCGGCGGCGGGUGCUGAGAGCGCCGCGAGCGCCGCCGCCGGCUCCCGCUCGGGGUUGCGCCGAGGCGUGAGUCGGCGCGAGCGCGGGGAGGAGGAGGCGGAGAAGGAAGAAGACGAUGAGCAAGAGAUGAAGCUGGUGCUCCAGAGUAUGCGCGAGAUCCAAAAGUCGCGGCAGGCGCACCGGAGGAAAGGCCUCGACGUCCUUAGCAUGCAGGAGGAACAGCAGGCCGAGCAAGAAGGCGAAGAAGAGGGAGAAGACGACCUCUCAGGCUACGGUCUACUCGAGCGAAACUUCUCGACAGUCAACAGCGCAACGGGCGCCACACUUGACAAACACUUGGAAGAGUUCUUGCGCGAGCGCAUGCAGCUGAAGGAGGCGCCGAAGAAGGAAGAAGCGGAGCCUUGCGAAGGCGAGACGAGGGGUGAGGGCGACCUCUACCGCGUGCCAGAGCGCCUGCAAGUUCCCGAUCGCAGCGGCGAGUACAAGGAGCAACUCAACUGGCUCACGGGUCUCACCGAGGUUCAGCUGCCCAUGUCAGUGAAGCUGAAGAACAUCGAGGCGACCGAGAAGGCGAAGCGCGCGUUGCUGAAGAAGGGCGAGCCUGAAGCUGUGAACGACGAUGAAGAUCCCGACGCGAUUCAGCGGAAGGCAUUCGGCCAGCGCUACACCUGGUUUGAUCCUGAUCGGCGCCCACGCGCACGCGCAGGAGACGACAAAGCUCUGCAGAAUUUCUCGCAGAGGGCCAGGCGCGCCCAGCAGAACAAGGGGCGCGCAGCCAUCGGCUACGGGUAA